AUGUAUGUCGGUCACCGAAUGUCUCGUACACCUGGCGUAUCACUCACAUCAACCUAUGAGAGCCCACACCACCGAUUCGCUGUGGGCGCGGACACCAACUUCCGCGGCCCGCUCGCCCGCUACAACAUGAUGCUCGCCUCGCAACUCGACCGCGAGAGGACGCACGUCGUUUUCACUAGGCGACGCAUGAAGACGGAGGGCGUCAAGCCGGACAGGUCGACGUACAACUGUCUGCUGCAGGCGUAUGUCCAGGAGCGGUUGUACGCGGAGGCGAGGGGCAUCUUCGAGGAUAUGGUGGCUAUGGGCAUGCACCCUGACAAACAAUCUUUCCACUAUCUCAUGGAGACAUUAAGACCUCAUGAGCAAAGUGCCAUAUUCGAUGUGAUCAAGAUGAUGGGGGAAUGGAGUGUCCUGCCGAACGAAUAUACAUACAAGAUUAUCACCACUCGUUUCGCGGAGACCCAACGGCUAGAAGUCGCCUUGCAAUUCCUCGCGAAACUCGGACCCGCUGGGCUUUUCCCCGCAUUGAAGACGGCCAUCUCUCUUGCGCUGGAUCUCGCUGACCCCUAUGAGUCGCAUCCGUACGAGCACCACUUCGCGCCUGUCGUCGAGGCGAUGUACGCCCGCAGCGAAAUCAAGGAGCCGUUCAUACUCCUCGAUUUCAGGCGCAAGAAUGACAUGGCGCCUACACUCGAUACCGCGUCGCUUGUCCUCGCAAUCAUCUCCAAGGAUACCGACACGGUCGACGGGGGCAAGCUCGAGGAGAUUCGUGAAAAUGGCGAGGUGGUCGACCCUGUUGCACUCAACGUCGUCAUCCAGACGGCUGUUGCGCUCAAGGCCCUCCAGCGCGCCGUCUGCACCUGCAAGGCGGCGGCGCAAGUGGGACUCAAGCCCAACGUCGACACGUUCAACCUGCUUCUUGGUAGCUGCAUCUACGCGCGUCAUUGCCAGCUUGGAGACCGGUUUCUGUCGGACUUGAAGAACACGAGGGUCAAGGUGGACGUGAGGACGUACAAGCACAUGAUGCUCCUGUGCCUGACGCGGAUGACGUACGAGGACGCGUUCUUCUACCUGGAGGAGAUGAAGGCGCUCCGGAUGGUCCCCCCUCUCGCGGUCUACGAGGCUAUCAUCCGCAAGCUCGUCUCUGUUGGCGCUGACGGUGCUCGCGUUCUUUGUGUACUUCGGACAUCUCUGAUGGAGAAAGUCGGAAGCGUGGCGGUGAGGAGUCGCUUAGGUGCGUGUGUUCUUCGUGAAUGCGCAAUACGGGGGCAGAGCAGGAUAGGAUAG